CCCUCUUCUAUACGAUGUAUUACUUUAUUACUGUGGUUCCACCUCUGGCGUGGCACCUUCAAUCGUCAGCGGAGAUUCCUCUGGUGGAUCGGGAGUGGCUCGAGCCAAUUGCACCAGCAGUGCUUCCCACGUUUCCAAUUCCACUGCGGCAUAGUCGCGUUCGUCUCCUUCCAAUGCCCGUAAUGUCUGUACUCGUUUGACUCCGUGUGCUACGAGAUUGUCUUUGCGGUCCAGCACGAUAUUGACACUCUUUUUCUGUUCGAGGAUUUGGAGCAGCAGUUCCAGUCCCAUUUCUCGAAUUUCUGCCGUAGUGUCCUCUGAGGUAGCUGUGACCAACUGAUCCGCGACGUAUGCCACGGAAUGGCCAAAGAGCCGCACUCGCUCCCGUGUGGAAUCGUCCGAGGUAAUCAAUGCUCUGAGAAAGAAGAGUGUUCGUUUCUGCAAGACUGCACUACUAUUUCCAGCUGCUGUGGAUUGUUGGAGUCCCUCGUAAAUAAUUUCCUUGGCUUGAUCGACACCACAAAAGACUUGUUCGGACAAUUCGUCGCUCCGCACGGCACCACUGAGCGCUUGAAUGAUUUUGGCCCGAAAGGCAAAUUGAUCGGCAGGAGUGGAUUGAAAGACUUGCGAGAGCGUCUUGAUGGCUCCCAUUUCCAAUAACUCUUUUUGAAUCGGUGGAUUGUUGGACGCCAUGGUGGCCAAGACACCCAGACAACUGGUUUGAAUGGAUCGUGGUACUUCCGGCUGUGCCACGGCUCCCAAGAGAAAAUCCAAUCCCUUCAUGGCCGCAAAGGCUCGUGCAUAGUCAAUUUGUUCCACAAUAUCUCGUAAUUCUUGCAGCAAGUCUUGCAUGUCAAUGUCAUCAUCCACUUGUGCUUCUUCUUUCUGUUGUCGAAUGUCUUCCAGCCCGGUCGUGACUUGUUGCAGAAUUUCCUUCAUGCGUUCAUUUUCGUCAAUAAUGCCCUCUUUCAUGACUUUUUCCAAAAAGGCCUUGUCUUCUUCCGACAUGGGAGAGUGAGAGGACGGAGUAGUUCCGUCUUGAUAGGCCAAGCUCCAUUUCAACAAUCCCAACCACCCCCAAGGUGUAUUGCCGCCGCCUUCCGUGUUGCUCAUGGUAUUUCUUAUUUUGUUUUGAUUCCUGUCUACGAAGCUGUUUGGUUUGCUUUGUGGGAUCCUUUGUGGUUGACUGAGCGAGACGAAAGACGAUGGGACUAGUGGGUUUGAGGAGCUCGAGAAACAAAAGUUCCAAGAGCUUCGAAAAUACCGCGACUAAAACAGUCGUGAGAAGCAAGCAAGACUAUGACGUCAUACCGGAAUGCUGACUCAGUGUCAUUAUUUUUCUUUCGACCAAGACACCGACCUCUUUUGGUGAUGAUGGGGUGAUGGAGAGGUCCAACAAAGCCAUCGUUCUUUUCUUCUUCAUGAUGUGGGGAAGGGGAUGUCAUUUCACAACACAUCGACUUACCCAGAACACUUGAGGCAGAAGCUGAGCCACGGACUCGACUCGUCUCCCCCUUGCUGCCGCUGAAUGCCGAAGUCAAACCAAAACGAAAACAACAGCAAGGCUGGAUUCACUGCCCGGUGCCACCGUCAUUUCUCUGCGACUGCUCUGUGGACUGGCAUGCUACUGCUUCUAUCUCGCUCUACCGUCCGUGGGUUGUCUAGUACUAGUAGACGCAUUCCUCGUUUGUCGCGAACUGCCCUCGCUGUCACCAACGGUUGUGAUCGAUUCUUUGCCAAUUAUCCUAGGGUUAGCGGACAACAACAACAACAACAACAACAACAGCAACAACAACAACAACAACCCAUCAUGACGGAUGCUAUGAAUGGCAUGAACGAGCAACAACAACAACAAGAAUUGCCCGUCGAAAUGACUCCCGAUCAACGAUAUCUGUUUGAUCUCAAUGGAUAUAUUGUGGUCCGAGGUGUGCUAUCACCAGACGAAGUGGCCCAGGCCAAUGCGGCCAUUGACCGCCGACAAGACCAAAUGAUUCAACGAUCCGGAGGGGCCUUGCGCAAUGCCAAGGCAGGUACCAAAAUGUACGGGACCGGACCAGGACGAAAAGAUUUGGGAGGCGUCCUGGAAUGGGGUCCCCAAGAAUCGAGAGUGUUUCAAUCCAUCCUGGCACAUCCCAAACUCGUCCCCUUGUUUCACGGGAUUCUCGGCAAGGGAUAUCGCAUGGAUCAUUUGCCGUUUGUAUUGGCACAAGAUCAUGGAGCCGAAGGAUUCCAGUUGCACGGUGGCACCGUGGACUGCUCCUCGGGAGAAUACAAUCCACAUUUGGCGUACACAUGCAUGCAUGGGACCAUCCGAUCGUCUUUGUUGGGCUGCAAUGUAAUGCUCGCUGACCACAAUCACGGCGAUGGUGGAUUCUGCGUUGUUCCUGGUUCACACAAGAGCAAUUUUAAAAUGCCAGAGGGAAUGGUCGAUGGCGAAAGGUACGCAGAGUUUAUUCAACAACCCGCCACCAAAGCAGGAGAUGUGGUACUCUUUUCGGAAGGAACCGUCCAUGGAGCGUUACCAUGGACCUGUCAAGAACGACAACGACGAGCCUGUUUGUAUCGAUUUGCACCGGCUACCAUGAGUUAUGGACGGUCGUAUUUUGGGCAUGAAGGAGGCGGAUGGCCCGUUGCCAUGUACAAAGGUCUGACCGAUGCGGAAAAGGCUGUCCUGGAGCCUCCUUAUGCCAACCGAUUGGAUCGUCCCAAUAUAGUAGAGUCAGAUGGAUCUGUGGAAAUUACCAGAAGGAGUGCUGCUAAACGACAACACGAUCAAGACGUGUUUGGAACCAAAUACUUUUGA